AUGUCGGGAACUACUAUUGACGAUGUCGUGAAGCGACUUAGCACCGCUGAUAUAGAUACCCGACUCAAGGUGGAAGCCGCGACCACCUUGCGCGACAGCCUAGACGCCUACACCAAUGGCCCGAUCUACGAACCCUUUUUGAAACGUUUAAUGCCCAUCUUCAUAAACAUCCUGCGUGGACCAUGCAUCUUUCAAAGCAACUCCCCGGAGCAGAAACUCCGCAACUGCAUCCUCGAGGUACUACACCGACUGCCAACCAACAUGGCGCCCACCGAGCCGUUCAAGCCUUACGCCGAAGAGAUUGUCGAUCUGCUCAUGCAACUAGUCCGAACCGACAACGAAGACAACGCAUCAUUAUGCGUCAAAAUUACUUCCGACAUUAUGCGCCAUCAACACCAGGUUUUGCAGGGCAAAGUCCAGCCAUUCCUGACAUUGAUCCAGGAGCUCUUCGAUCAGAUGGAAAAGGUUGUCAUGGAGCAGCUAGACAAUGCAUCUCUCGCCCCGAAUCCACAGCCUGGUGCACCGUCAACACCAGGAAGUACGCAAGCCAACUUUCAGUCUCCUCGACCGGGCUCUCCCGUAGCCUCAGUAACGGAGCUUGGCGCGGAUCCCCAGCAGCAAAAUCGACCACUUCUCAAAGGGAUGCAGUCUUUCAAAGUUCUUUCGGAAUGCCCAAUCAUCGUCGUGUCGAUUUUCCAAGUCUACAGGAACACAGUUACCCAGAAUGUGCCCAGAUUUGUGCCCUUGAUUAAGGGCUUCUUGUCUCUUCAGGCAAGCGCCCAGAAGCAAGCACACGAUGACGCGGCUGCCAGAGGCGAUAUUCAUACAGGUGUGAGCUCGGGCAUCAAAAACCGGGCAGCUUUUGGCGAUUUCAUCACAGCCCAGAUCAAGACCAUGAGCUUUCUGGCCUAUCUCCUCCGCCAGUACGCCUCUCAGUUGAAAGACUUUCUACACCUACUACCCGACAUCGUCAUUCGGCUACUCAAAGAUUGCCCCCGGGAGAAAUCUGGAACGCGAAAGGAGCUCUUGAUUGCAAUUAGACAUAUCAUCAACUACAAUUUUCGAAAGAUCUUUCUCCCCAAAAUCGACGAACUCUUGGACGAGCGUACGUUGACCGGAGACGGCUUGACUGUGUACGAAACGAUGAGACCCCUUGCGUAUAGUAUGCUGGCGGAUCUCAUUCACCAUGUGCGCGACUCCUUAACUCCAGAACAGAUUCGCAAGACGGUGGAAGUAUAUACCCGAAAUCUUCAAGACAACUUCCCCGGAACUUCUUUUCAGACCAUGAGUGCGAAACUUCUUCUGAACAUGGCCGAAUGCAUUGCCAAGCUCCCCAACAAAGUCGACGCAAGACAUUACUUGAUGAUGAUCCUCAACGCAAUUGGAGACAAAUUUGCCGCCAUGAAUCGACAGUACCCGAAUGCCGUCAAGCUCUCGAAGCUGUACCACCAGCAGGCCGAAGCUGGUGCGCCUGAAUCAUAUCUUGCUGAUAAGGAGCACCCGCCGGAUUGGGACGAAACCGACAUCUUCUCAGCAGUACCCAUCAAAAUCUCCAAUCCCCGAGAUCGAGGAGCCGACCCUGUCGGAGAUAACAAGUUCCUCUUCAGAAAUCUCAUGAAUGGACUCAAGAACACAUUCUACCAGCUCAGAACGUGUAACACCGGCACGCCGAUUGACCCUGCCAAUGCGCCACCGCAUUGGCAAGAGGUCGCCUACGGUUUCACGGCGGAAGAGGUAAAUGUGAUUAUCAAGUUGUUCCGAGAGGGCGCCUAUGUGUUCAGAUACUAUGAAAUUGAGAAGCCGGCUACUGAGAACCAAUACGUAUCACCGGUUGAAUACAUGGCGAAUUUCUACAUGGUCUCUAGCAGUAAAGAAGAAAAAGACCUCUUGGAGACAUUCGCCACCGUCUUUCACUGCAUCGACCCAGCCACUUUCCAUGAAGUCUUCCAGCAGGAGAUCCCGCAUCUUUAUGACAUGAUUUUCGAGCACACGGCUCUGCUCCACAUACCUCAGUUUUUCCUUGCGAGUGAGGCAACCUCUCCCAGUUUUUGCGGUAUGCUCUUGCAGUUUCUCAUGGAAAGAAUUGACGAGGUUGGCUCUGCCGACGUUAAGAAAUCAUCCAUUUUGCUGCGGCUCUUCAAACUCGCCUUUAUGGCGGUGACCUUGUUCGCCACACAGAACGAACAAGUUUUGUUGCCUCAUGUGGUCAGCAUUGUCACAAAGUCGAUAGAGCUGUCAACCAAGGCGGAGGAGCCUAUGAACUACUUCCUUCUGCUGCGGUCCCUUUUCAGGAGCAUUGGUGGUGGCAAGUUCGAGCAACUCUAUAAGCAGAUAUUGCCCUUGCUAGAGAUGCUGCUGGAUGUCCUCAACAAUCUGCUGAUGGCUGCACGCAAACCGUCCGAGAGAGAUCUCUACGUUGAGCUAUGCCUUACCGUCCCGGCGCGGCUUAGCCACCUGCUGCCUCAUCUGAGUUUCCUUAUGCGCCCACUGGUAGUUGCUCUCCGGGCAGGCACGGACCUUGUUGGUCAGGGUCUCCGAACGUUGGAGCUCUGUGUCGAUAAUCUUACGGCAGAUUAUCUCGACCCCAUCAUGGCACCUGUCAUUGACGAGCUCAUGACUGCCCUGUUUGAUCAUCUAAAACCACACCCCUACAGCCACUUUCAUGCGCAUACCACCAUGCGCAUCCUGGGAAAACUCGGGGGUCGAAAUCGCAAAUUCAUGACGGGUGCUGUUCCUCUCACAUAUACCAACUAUGCCGACGAUGCCUCAAGCUUUGACUUGCGACUCAUUGGUUCCAAGAAGGACAGAGCCUUUCCAGCUGACCUGGGCAUCGAUCUUGCAAUACAAAAGCUCAUGGAGAUUCCUCGGCACAAUAAGGCUAAUGCUCAGAAUCGACAGUAUGACGAGUACUACAAGAAACAGGCCAUCCAUUUUAUCAAGUCUCAGUUGAAGCUGCGUAUGGGGUUCGACCAACUUCCCGAAGAUUUCCCCCGCAUUGUUAGACUCCAGGCGCAAGAUUUUUUGAAUCGCAAGAUGGAUAUCAACUUCGCUCCAUUUGAAGUGUCGAGCCGUGAAAGAUCCAUCCCCAAGAAAGAUGAGCAGGACAAAAUCACCAAGAAGCUGCUCAAGGCGGUCAUGUUUUCGCAGUCAAUACCAGAUGUCAAGCAGGAAUCCGGCGCCUUUCUCCUUGAUGUGUGCCGGCAUUUCGUUCUCAUUGAAGUGGGUAGAUCUUUGAUCGACCUGAAGCGAAACUAUAACCCCUUUGACCCGAAAGCCGGCGAAGGUCCGCUAACUAUUGACACCCGUGUCUUGUCGGAUGCAAUUGUCGAAUCCUUGGCAUCAGACCACCCAGACGUCCGUGAGGCGGCACAGCAAGCGAUCCGGGAACUUUACAAAUGCACGGCUCUCAUUCUUGGCUCCGAGAGCAAUGUCGGCCGUCUCCAUCUCUUUAACCACCUGAGCAAUACCUUUUGCCACAGCUGCUACGAGGAAGAAUGGUUCACAAAGACGGGAGGAAGCCUUGGCAUUAAUUUCCUGCUCACAGAACUUGACUUGGGCGAUGCUUGGGUGACGUCUAAGCAGACCGAAUUCAUUCGCGCUCUGAUGUACGUCAUCAAAGAUAUGCCGCUGGACCUCCCGGAAAAGACGAGAUGCCUUGCACAGACAAGUCUGGAAGUAUUGCUCAGGCGCAUCACUAAGAACAUCAAGAAGGAAGAUGCCCUGCCAAUCCAGCAGCAGCCUGGCCAACCGCAGGCCAAGCAACCCCGCCUCGCCCAAAUCUGUAUGCAGUUCAACAAUGAACUUUCUCACAUGAACAAGUUUGUCCGCGAGACAGCCAAAAACUCACUGGAUCUUAUCGCGAAAGCUGCUGGCUGUGAGGUAUGGCAGCUCGUCGAGCCCUACAAAGAAAGAUUUCUUCAGCCCAUCUACGCCAAACCUCUUCGUGCCCUACCUUUCCCGAUACAGAUUGGAUACAUCAAUGCCAUGACAUAUCAUAUGGGACUGAAAAAUGACUGGGUCACUUUUGACGAGAAUCUCAACCGUCUGCUUAUGGAGUCGCUCGCAUUAGCUGACGCAAACGACGAGUCCUUGGCGAACAAACCUGCAGAGUUCAGGACGCAUGAGCAUAUUGUGAACUUGCGAGUUUCCUGUAUCAAACUUCUCAGCACUGCGAUGACGUUUGAGGAAUUUGCCAACAACCCGACCAAGGGUAAGAUUCUUUCGGUCUUCUUUAAAUGCCUCUAUUCUGAAUCAAAGCCAACGAUCGCGGCGGCAAACGAUGCCUUGAAGUCGGUCUUGGCCGUUGACAGACGCCUCCCCAAGGAUUUGCUCCAGAGCGGUCUGCGUCCUGUGCUGCAGAGUCUAUCGGAUCCAAAAAGGCUCAAUACGCAUGGGCUGGAUAACCUGUCAAGGCUAUUGAAGCUUCUGACAAGCUACUUCAAGGUCGAGAUUGGCGCUCGCUUGCUCGAUCAGAUAGAGUCUAUUGUUGAGCCUAAUGCGUGGCAGCAAAUUUCAUUCACAUUUUUUGAGCAGCAUCCUCAGAUGAAGGUUAUCACCGCUAUUCUCAACAUCUUCCACCUUCUACCAGCUCCAGCAGAAGCGUUCAAAGACCGCUUAAUUGACUGCUUCCUCGGGCUUGAGGAGCGGCUUCGACGGACUCAUCAGAGUCCAUUCCGGCUGCCAAUGUUCCUAUACUUGAAUCGGUAUCCCAAAGAGGUUUGGGCUUAUCUACUUGGGAAGCUGGAUGAUCUAAAAUAUGGCCGACUACUAGCCCAAGUCCUCCUGCACCCAGAUAGCACGCCGUUGAGAGAGACUGCCGUGGAAAAUUUGGAAGGGUUGAUCGCAAAAUGCAACGAAAUUGUCGGGCAGAACAACGAAAAGAAGUACGUUGCCAUUGUCAACACGAUUCACAUUCUCCACUCCAUCGGCCAAUUCCCAGCCUCUAGUGCUUGGAUGGAUAAGAGGGAGCACCUUAAUUGGCUGAAAGCCAUUGGGAGAGACCUCGAAGCAAACAUUCGAGGCUAUUCGCUUCCAGCCUUUGUGCGACUGCCGGGCUACCAAGCCGCCGAACAACUGAUGAAUAUUCUCGUCAAGUCUCUGGAGAGAUCACCGAGAGACUUGGAUGCUCUAUUCAAUCUGGUUGAGUCUGUUGCCGCCGAAGAGCUCCGCUCGACCCAGCCUUUAUUCUCUUUCAUUUAUGAAAAGAUUAUCUGCAGCGACUCCAUGGAGUUUUGGAAGUCGACGUUCCUUCGCUGCCUCGAAACCUACUCAGGGAAGACGGCCUCGAACAAAACAAAAUACUUCUUACUCCACUACAUCGUCAACCCGAUUGUUGCCACGGAUGUCAUGCGGCAUUGGAACCAACCAGAACAAAGUAGGGUUCAGAGGCUGAUGGAUCGAACCAUCAUCGAUGCCGUGAGCACUAAGAUCUGGAAAGUACAUCCCGAGAUGACCCCAGAUGAUUUGGCCCAGCCAGGAAUCGACCACAUUAGGUUUGAGGUGCUCCAGCUGUCCGCAAUGCUUGUCAAAUAUUACCACGCGACACUCCAAGAAGCACGCAAAGACAUUAUCAAAUUUGGGUGGACAUUCAUACGCCUAGACGAUAUUAUCAAUAAGCAUGCAGCGUACGUUGUGAUAGGCUAUUUCAUUGCCCAUUACGAAACGCCUCCGAAGAUCGUCAGCCAGGUUUACUUGUCGCUACUCAAGACUAAUUCUAAUGAAGGCCGAGCACUGGUGACGCAGGCCUUGGAGCUUAUUGCUCCGGUUUUGCCUAAGCGCUGUGGCACGGGUCCAAAUGAUAGGAGCACACCAUGGGCCGUGGCACCGCGUCGCAUAUUGGCUGAUGAAGGCCAAAACAUGCAGCAGAUGACAAGCAUCUUCCACUUCCUUGUGCGGCAUCCUGAGCUCUUCUACGAUGCUCGAGAUAAAUACGCUGUCCUCAUCAUCACGUCCUUGAGAAAGGUUGCUGCACCGCCAAACCCCUCUCACGAGAGUAAAAAGCUCGCCCUGAACAUGAUGUGGCUGAUUUGGACCUGGGAACAAUGGCGGAUCGAGGGCAAAACAUCACCUCUUCUGACGACGAGAUCGCUAUCUGAGUCGCCGGUUUCGAGGAAACGAAAGCUGGACAGCGAUCAAGCAAUGACAUCCCCUUCAGCAACCAGGCAAACAGCGGAUCGACCAGAGUAUCAAAUCCCACCGCUGUUUCGCCUUAAGAUGGUUAAAUAUUUGGUUGAGUUCAUUGCGCAGCUUAACGAAAGGUAUCAACUGCCGUCGGCUAAGCCCCGCGGAUCCCCAGCUGGUGCUCUUCCGCAAGCCGGGCCCAAUAUGACGGAGCUUUGCAAGAAAGCCAUGGCGCUCCUUUACAACCUCGUACAGCCCCAAUGCUGGGGGGACCUUGACCUCGACCUGUUUCCCAACGUCACCGAUGUUAUCCUUGCUCACGAUAGGACACAGGCAGCUCUUAACGCCGAUCCAACUGAUAAGGAAAAAUACGACGAAAAGUUCCUCACCAACAUCAUCAACACGCUGCAAGUGGUCCGCAUUCUUCUAAAUUUCAAGUCAGACGAGUGGAUACAAAGGAGCAUCGCCCCAAUUCAAAAGGUCUUGGAGAAGUGUCUCAAGUCGGAAAAUCCAGAAGUUCAAGAUUGCCUGCACCUCUCGGACAAGGAGUAUGAUGAUGGGCGAGAGCUAAAGUCCAUCGUUCGGCGAAUUUUGGAUGCGGUGCCUGAAGAUACGCCUAUGGAGGACGCGGAUGCUGAGGGCGAAUCCGAAGUACAAACAUCUGAGAUUGUUGCCUAUCUCUCACAGGUAGCAACAGAACAGAUGAACAGCAAUCUCUACGUUUCGGGUGUCAACAUCUUGUGGUCGCUAGGCAAUCGCAAGCCUGCCAUCAUUGAUCAGCAUAUCCCUUCGCUUAUGAAAGCUAUGCAGAGUAAGCAUGCACGAGAACAUGUACAACACUACAGUGCUCUGGCGAAUCAGGCAACUGGGGUCCAGCGGACCCAAGAAGCCAACGGCACUACUGGAGAGCUCUCCGCGUACGAGCUUGAGAUGCAAACCAAACUGAUGAUCAAAGAGAUCCAAGUCGUGGCCUUGAGGAUGGAGACUCUAGGCGACAAUCGACGACCAUUCCUAAGCGUUUUGGCGACGCUCGUUGAAAAAUCCAUGCACAUUGAGCUAUGCACGGAAAUUUUGGGCAUGGUAGAAGGGUGGGUGUUUAGAUCUGAAGGUACCUGGCCGACACUCAAAGAAAAAACGGCGGUCCUUCAUAAAAUGCUGUCCUUUGAGCACAGGCAGGAUCCCACAAUGCUCUCCAAGUUCUUGGAGUUGGUGAUUCGCAUCUACGAAGAUCCCAAGAUUACCCGAACGGAGUUGACAGUACGGAUGGAGCACGCCUUUCUCAUUGGUACUAGAGCGGUUGACGCGGAAAUGCGGAAUCGUUUCAUGGCGAUUUUCGACAAGAGCUUGUCCAAGACAGCUAGCAUCCGCCUCUCAUACGUGUUGACGUCGCAAAAUUGGGAUACUCUUGCGGAUUCUUACUGGCUUGCCCAGGCCAACCACCUUUUGCUGGGAGCAGUGGAAUUGAACACCAACAUACAGCUUCACCCUGAUGAUUUCAAAGUCAUCGCCCCAUCUCAGCUGGCUGCAGUCUACCCCAAAGACAAGGAUACGAGAGAGCCAACCAACAUGGUUGAUGAGAAAUUCGAGACUCUCAUGGCUAGCCAUCGACGAUUCAUGGCCGAGCUGGGAGAUGUAAAAGUCCGGGACAUUAUCGAGCCGUUGACGCAACUACAGCAUAUUGAUAACCAGCUGGCUCAUCAACUCUGGGUGGUCGCAUUCCCAAUGUACUGGUCCGCCACUUUGCGAGAUGAGAGGCCAGAGCUUCAGCGCGGUAUGGUUGCGCUUCUGACAAAAGACUACCACAGCCGUCAAAUAGAGAAGCGUCCCAAUGUUGUUCAGUCCUUGAUAGAGGGGGCCGCAAAGACUUGGCCAGAGUGUCGACUUCCUCCGCAUGUCUUGAAGUUUGAGGCGAAGACGUACGAUGCUUGGUAUACAGCCCUCGUACAGCUCGAGAAUGCAUCGAUUAAUCCGGGACCCGAUUCGGCUACUGUCCGCGAGAGCAAUCUCGAUGCACUUGUGGAUCUCUACGCAGCUUUGCAGGAGGACGACCUUUUCUACGGGACUUGGCGUCGUCGUUCUCAGUUUGUAGAGACCAACGCUGGUCUUUCGUACGAACAGAAUGGAAUGUGGGACAAAGCUCAGAAACUGUACGAGACAGCACAGAUCAAAGCCAGAACUGGCGUGAUUCCGUUCUCUCAAGCCGAAUACAUGAUCUGGGAGGAUCACUGGGUCCUUUGUGCCCAAAAGCUGCAGCAAUGGGAGAUCCUUCAAGAUUUUGCCAAGCACGAGAAUUUCCAAGACUUACUUCUGGAAUGCGCAUGGCGCAACACGGAAAUGUGGCAGGACGAGCAGCACCGCGAGGCUCUGGACAACAUCAUCAAAGGAGUUAUGGACGCCCCUACGCCGCGACGAGCCUUUUUCCAGGCGUUCAUGUCUCUACUAAAGUUUCACAACCAGCAAGAGGCGGCAACCGACUUUGCGCGCGUGUGCGAUGAAGCCAUACAGUUGUCUAUAAGGAAAUGGCACCAGCUUCCAGUUCGAUUGACCAACGCUCACAUUCCUCUGCUCCAGAAUUUCCAACAAUUGGUAGAGCUGCACGAUGCUAGUGUCAUUUGUCAGAGCUUAGCCAACACCAAUGCAUCUAACCUCGAUGUUAAAUCUGGAGAGCUCAAGCUACUGCUCGGCGCCUGGCGUGAUCGCCUCCCCAAUAUUUGGGAUGACAUCACGGCUUGGCAAGACUUGGUAACUUGGAGACAACACAUUUUCAACCUCAUCAACCAGACAUACCUCCAGCUGCUCCCACAGCAAGGCCAGCAAAAUGCAGGAGGGGCUUCCUUCGCCUACCGUGGCUUCCACGAGACAGCUUGGAUCAUCAACCGCUUCGCUCAUGUCGCGCGCAAGCAUAGCCUACCGGAAGUCUGCAUCAACCAACUCAGUCGCAUCUACACACUUCCAAACAUAGAAAUUCAGGAGGCAUUCUUGAAACUUCGCGAGCAAGCCCGAUGCCAUUACGAAAACCCGGAGGAACUGAACAGCGGUUUGGAAGUCAUCAACAAUACAAACUUGAACUAUUUCAAUCCUCAGCAGAAAGCCGAGUUCUACACCUUGAAGGGCAUGUUCCUCGAGAAACUCGAGCUUAAAGAGGAGGCUGACGCAGCUUACGGUACCGCCCUGUAUUUCGACAUUGGAGCGGCCAAGGCUUGGGCAGAGUGGGGAUACUUCAACGAUAGAAAGUUCAAGGAGGAUCCUUUGGACGUGAACGCGGCCAGGCAGGCUCUGACCUCUUACCUACAGGCCGCAAGCAGCUACAAGAGUGCCAAGUCACGAAAGCUCCUCUCCAGGAUCCUGUGGCUCCUUAGCUUGGACGACGCUAAGGGCUCUAUUGCUGCUGGAUUCGACGACUUCAAAGGCGAGACUCCAACAUGGUACUGGAUCUCGUUCAUUCCUCAGCUAUUGACAGGCCUGGGCUACAAAGAGGCUCCGCGUGUCUACCAGAUCCUUCUUGGAAUCGCAAAGUCAUACCCCCAGGCUCUUUACUUCCAACUCAGGACAAACAGGGAAGAUAUGAUGGCCAUCAAGAAAACUCAGGAAGCGAAGGAGAAGGCACGUCUAAGGAGUCAAUCCGCUACAGCGAACGGCAAACCCAGCUCUGCUUCCCCGUUACAGACAAAACAAGAAGCGCCCAAGGCUGAGGGAGCAGCAUCACGCCCAGGUACUGCCAGUGGUGGCGAUGCAGCUCACAUCAAGACGGAGAAUGGCGAGGCGAAUGGUGGCACGGCAUCAGCAACGCCGGCACCCGCACCGGCAGGCCAAGAGCAAUCGCAAUCUCAAGCUCUCGCUCCAGGUGGGCAAGCGCAGGCCCAGCCGGCAGCUCAAAACCAGAAGAGACCGCCGUGGGAAUUGACUGAGGAAGUCAUGUCAGUGCUUAAGACGGCUUUCCCAUUACUGGCGUUGUCCAUGGAGACCAUGGUUGAUCAAAUCCAAAAGCACUUUAAGUGUCCUCCGGAUGAAGAUGCAUACCGCCUCAUUGUCGCGCUGCUUAAUGAUGCCUUGACGUAUGUGAGCAGAACUCCUGCAUCUUUCGCCAAAAGCGUCAAGCUUCCCUCUGCCACGGAGACGAACAUUACGCGGUUUGCCGAGACGAUCUUGCCCAAUCAUAUCAAAAAGUCGUUUGAGGCCGACUUUGUCGAGGUUAAGCCGACCAUGUAUGAGUACAUCCACAAACUGAGGCGCUGGAGGACCAAAUUUGAAGAGAAGCUGGAUCGUCGGAUCGUACACACACCUCUGGAAGCCUUCUCGCCCCACCUGAGCGAGUUCCGAUACCAAAAGUUUGACGAUGUUGAGAUUCCUGGACAGUAUCUUCAGCACAAGGAUAAGAACCAGGACUUUAUUCGGAUAGAAAGAUUCCUGCCCAACGUCGAUUUGAUACGCUCAGUGAAUGCCUCUUAUCGCAGACUCAAGAUGCGUGGUCACGACGGCAGCGUUCACUCGUGGGCUGUGCAGCAUCCGGCCGCUAGACACUGUCGCAGAGAGGAAAAGAUUCUGCAGCUCUUUAGACAUCUCAACCAGACUCUGAGUCGCAAGAAGGAAAGCCGGCGACGAGAUUUGCAAUUCACCCUACCGCUGAUGGUUCCCUUGGCACCACACAUAAGAAUCGUGCAAGAAGAUACCUCGUACAUUACGUUGCAUGGGGUCUACGAAGAUCACUGCAGACGUAUGGGUAUGUCGAAGGAUGAGCCGGUCUUGUUCACGCUGGAGAAGCUUCGAGGCGUGCUCGAGUCUAAGGGAGGACAGACCAAGCCCGAACUAACGCCCACGGCGCGACUGGAGGUAUUCAAUGCCAUCCAGGAGAAGUGGGUGCCGCCGACGGUGGCGCUGGAGUAUUUCCAACAGGCCUUCCCACAAUUUGCCGAAUUCUGGCUGUUCCGAAGACAGUUCUCAUACCAGCUGUCGGCAUUGACGUUUAUGACUUACAUCUUGUACAUGCAUAACCGAUACCCGGCCAAGAUGAACAUUGCUCGAGGGUCGGGCAACAUCUGGGGCUCUGAGCUCAUGUCGUUUAUGAGCGCCUCUAAGCCGUUCUUCCACAACCCAGAGCCAGUGCCCUUCCGGUUGACGCCAAACCUACAGACUCUCAUGGGACCUCUGGCCAUGGAGGGAAUAUUUGCGUGCUCAGUCAUGGCCAUUGCACGGUGCUUGACGGAACCGGAGCACGAGCUUGAGCACGCACUGACACUGUUUGUGAGGGACGAGAUGAUGUUCUGGCUGAUGAAUAGCCACCGCAGCGGAAUUAGCGAAAACCAGCUCCGCGACUCGGUGCAGCUCAACAGCGACUCGAUCGUGAAGCGUGCCAUCAGCCUCGCCCACAACCCGUCGGGCAACUUGCCUGCGAACCAAACAGUCAUUGACGCUAUCGCCAAGGCCGUAAACCCCAUGAACUUGGCGCAGUGCGAUGCAUUGUGGAUGCCAUAUCUUUAA